AGAAGCUGGAGCCUCCUAAUGCUAUUGUUUUUAGCAUUAUGACAUGUCAACUCAACCCUGUAGGUGGCUGUAGAGCUGGUAAUGUUUGGCAAACUGGGCCACACCUUAAUAACCUACAAACAGCAGCUCACACUGGUGUUUUACAGUUAGCUUAGCACUUUGUUUUUCUCUGUUUGUAUGAACUAGCAGCUCAGCCUUACAACAGAGAAAGCUAUCUGUGUUUACUCAACAGUGGCCGACAGAAAGAGUGACACUUCCAGCAGGACAUGGCCAGAGCAAAGUGGGAUCUGAGGACACAGAGAAAGUUCAGGUGGAGCGAUAAGGAGUGACAAGGGGGCUCGAGGGCUCAUGUCUACGUCACAAACACUCCCACCCCCCUCUGGAGAACACCUCAGCAUGGUGAAAACAGUGAAGAUGGAGCUGCUGAGAGCACUCGUCAGCGAGCGUUUGUCUGCAGCUGCUGAGGAGAUCUUCAAGAUUGUAGAAAGGACCAUCGUAGAAUAUGAAAAGGAAAUGUCCUGUUCAAAGUGGGUGGUGGACAACCACCGCAGACUGCUGGAUGUUGCCAAGCCCCACUGUGAAGACUCUCUCCAAAUGUCUGUCGCAGAUGUGAAGUUGCAGUGUGGCCUGCAGCAGCCUGCUGCCAGUGUGAACGUCAGUGUGCGCUGGGAGGAGCCAGGAAACGCCACGUCAGAGCCCUACAUGAACAACACUCAUCCAGGCUCCUCUCCUGCUGAUGAAAAUGAUCCAGAGAUACUGAUUGAUAUUGAUGAGGAUGACGAUUUUGAUGAUGAUGAUGAUGACGAUGAUGAUGUGAAGCAGGAGUGUGACCUGAACAUGCCUUUGAAAAUCCUCAAAGUGAACAAACCGUUCAAAUGUCCUGUCUGCUUGAGCAGCUUUUCUUCCAAAAAGACGAUGGUACGCCACGUCAAAAAGCACCCGGAGGACAAUUCGUCACGUUACCAGUGCCAGUUCUGCGAACGCUGCUUCUGCCACAGGUCGGAAUUCAUCAUUCACACCAGGACACACAAAGGCGCCAAACAAUACAGGUGCCAAGACUGCGAGGAAAGCUUUGACGAGAGGGAGAGUCUGCUUAUUCACAGACAGAAACACACUGUGGAGAAACCAUAUUGUGGUUUUGGUGAAAAGGUGGAGGUGGAGGGGGAAACUCACCUCAGAUCAGUAACACCUGUUACUAAGAUUGAAGAAGAGCUGGACUGCAGACAGGAUGAGUCUGACAUUAAGACAUUUCCAUUUACUAUCGCUCCCUAUGAUAAAAGUGAGUUUGAUCAGGAGUCUCUGCAGCCCCUGUGUCUUUACCAAAUCCAGACUGUUGCUGAUAUAGAUAAAGACUCUUCAGCCGCAGUUACAGUUGAUCACAUAAAAACUGAGCCAGCUGGAGCUGAUGUUGGAGUAUCAGACAUUACCACAGAGGAUCAGUUGCUCCUUUCAGUGAACCCAAGUGCACAGGGUGAUGGCGAGACGGGGCCCAGACAUCUCAAUAUAACAAAUAUCCUACCGCAAAGACCUUCAGGAAAACCCACCGAGCUCAUCGUUCAGUUCGAAGCAGGGACGGCACAGAAACCCUACAAGUGUCCUUGUUGCACCAAAUGUUUCUCCUUGACUAAGACUUUAGCGAGACACAUACGGAUCCACACGGAGGACAAACCGUAUCAGUGCCAGUUUUGUGGGAGGAACUUCUGUCAGAAGUCCGACCUGGUCAAUCAUACGAGGAUACACACGGGAGAGAGACCGUACCAGUGCCCAGUGUGUCGCAAAUCAUUCGCACAGAAAGGCAACCUGGUCGUUCACACGAGGAAACAUACGGGAGCUAAACCGUAUCGGCAAAGAUGUCAAGAGUGCAGCUGUAGCUUUAGUCAGAGGUCAUCUUCUUUCGACUGUCACAUGCAGAGCCACAGAUAGUACAAGGAGUUCACAGCUUUGUCCUAAGACUGGGUAUCAAACCUCAGUACUUUGUUUGGUACUGAGUCAAAUGUGUCUGUAGCAAGUAGCAAGUACUGAAAGCUGGAAUUGAAUGUCUGGUCAGACUCAUAAUCUUGAUUAGUUAUUCUUUGAUUUCCCAGUUCAGAUUUAAAUCAAGUUUACCGCUUGACAAAACAAACUCACCGCGAGGUCCAUUAGUACAGUCUAAAAUACGCCC